ACCGAUGACGAUUCCGAAUGCAAGUGUUGUCGAGGUUACACCGACGCCCAGAAGAUUGAUAUUGAAGAUUUUGCUAAAAAUGGAUUCCGCGUCUUUAAUAAUACAAAGAAGCAAUCGGCCUUUAAACCAAUGGUUGGAAAUCCUGAUUCACAAGGAAACAUCUCUAGACAUGAUCAUGUGUAUGAGAGAGAGGAGGGUGAAUUGAACAUAGGUUCAGAUGCACAAGGAGAAGAUAUGUUUCCAAUGGUAAAUAGAUUACUUGUAGGCUCAAUUCAAGUGCUUGUGUACAGAAUAAGUCAACAGGAUCCCGAGAGCUCUGCUCAUCACCUGUAUAAGAGAGAAGGUGGAUUGAGCUCUGCUCAUCAUCUGACUAAGACAGAGGGUGGAUUGAACAUAUGUUAUCAUAAUCCGUAUAAGAGAGAAGGUGGAUUGAACAUAUGUUCAGAUUCAAUGGUAUUUGUAGGCUCAAUUCAAGUGCUUGUGGUCAGAACAACUCCAUGAACAGGUGGAGGGCAACAGUGUGAAGCUGGGUUUGGAUGUGAUUUGCAGCCCAUGCUACAUUCCUCCACCAAAUAAGGUACAAGCCACCUCACAUUAACUCAAUGGUACAACACUACCGAAUCAAGGGAGCAUCUAAACAGCAGCAACCAUGAUCAAGAAACACUGAAUUUAUUCCCAAUUCACCCCACCGGAAUCCUGCAGUCAACAAGUAAUCAUGAUCAGAAUCAACUCAUGAACCCUAGUUAUCCUGCAGUCGACAAGUAAUCAUGAUCAGAAUCAACUCAAGAACCCUAGUUUUUGUGCUGAUAAGCUAUCAACUUCCUCUGAUGAUCAUCCCUUUUUUGAUUUCUUUUGUGGGAAUUGAAGUGAUCGGUUCAUUCGUGUUGGUUUUUUUUGUCAAAGUAGAAUUUUAGAUAGUAUAGUUCUAAUCAAAGUCUCUUGGAAUGGUCUUUAUCAAGACUAGUCACUUAGUUCUAGGGUUUUCCAAGGUAUGACUGACAGAAUCUCUUGAUAAGCCAAUUCGUCCUAGGCGGCCUUAUACGGGCUUUGUUGAUCUUGAACUUCCAUAUAUUCCUAAUUUUAAAGCUAUAUAUGUUAGAGAUAAGUGUUAUUGGUUUACUUUGGAUGGUAGAGUUGUAUCGUUGGAUUGGAGUAAGGAAAGCUUCUGUGAGGAGUUUGAUUUACCACCAGAACGUCGUCCUUCCCGUGACUUUAGUCGUCAUGAGCUUGUCCAGUUUAAUGGUGGAGAAUCGUUAGGUGUUGUUCGCCUUCGAUCCCUACAACUUGGUAACUACUAUGAGCUUUGGGAAUGGAGGGAAGACUUAAGGCGCUGGGAUAUCAAGUUUAAUGUCUGUCUUGGUGGUGAUGUGGGUAGACCACCGGGGACUGUAUACGGUACGUUCUUGUUUCUUCAUGGAAUGGCUGGCAAACCGGGUGACAAUCUACAUCGUCUAGUAGCUUACGACUGGACUAACAAAGACUGCAAGGAACUCGGUAUUCAUAAUUAUGGCUUUCCAAUUAAGAAACACCGCAUGGAAUGCUUUGAAAUCAAUGUGUUUUGUUAUGUUGAGAGCAGCGUUGCGCUGCCCCAUGGAGAGCCAAUUGUUGGAUCCGGAUUUCUUAAUCAUCUUCCUGUAGUCGAUGAACUUGACGACAACUAUUGCGAUUGCGAUUGUCAUGACGAUGACAGCACCGAGGAUGAUUCCGAAUGCAAGUGUUGUCGAGGUUACACCGACGCCUACAAGAUUGAUAUUGAAGAUUUUGCUGUUAAUGGAUUCCGCAUCCUUAGUGAUACAGAGGAGGUUGGUCCUGAUAUAUCAAAGAAGCAAUUGGCCCUUAAACCAACGGCUGGAAAUCCUGAUGCACAAGGGGGGAAAAAAAAGAAGAAAAAGAAGAAGAAGAAAAAAACACCUGAUGCACAGGGAAACAUCUCUAGACAUGAUCAGGAGGGUGAAUUGAACAUAUGUUCAAAUGCACAAGGAGUAGAUAUGUUUCCAAUGAUAAAUAGAUUAUUUGUAGGGUCAAUUCCAGUGCUUGCAUUCAGCAUAAUUCAACUGGAUCCUGAGAGCUCUGAUCAUCAUCAGUAUAAGAAACAGGGUGGAUUGAACUUUGCUCAUCAUCUGACUAAGACAGAGGGUAUGUUAUCAUAAUCCGUUAUAAGAGAGAAGGUGGAUUGAACAUACAUUCAGAUGAGAUUGCUGCUACUUUUUUAUUUCAGUUUAACUCGUUUGUUUGUUUUUUGCCUUUGGCUUCAUCUUCACAGUAGUUAUAUCAAGGACACAAAAAAACGUUUAUAUUCUCUUAAAUUGCGCCUAUUUUGUGUUGAGAAGAACUGUUUCUUCAAAUUUUGUUGUUAUUACUGUUUCCUUCAAGUAGUGAAAGUGGGGCUUUGAUAUGUUGAUAGUUAAGAGCCUGGCUCAUGUACCUAUAUGAACUACAAUUAGCUGUCGAUGAAUCCCUUUUAUCUUCGUUC